AUGCCUCCACAAGGACCCGCAGAGGAAAACCAGCUCAAUGUGCAGGGCUACAACAUUGUCACCAUCUUAAAACGUUUGGAGGCAGCUACUUGCCGCUUGGAAGAUAUCACUAUCUUCCAGGAGGAGGCCAACAAAGCGAAGCCAUUGACCCGUGAUGCUGUCUCUGACGCGUUGUCCGCUCCGUCGCUGACCAACAUUUCCGAAAGCACUAGCGCUAUUACUGAUCCACCUGCUGCGAAGGCUCUCUCUGAGGCUUCUGCGCCGGCAAAGUUUGUUACAGUUUUUGACGAAUUCAUCAAGUCCAACAUUGUGCCAUUUGUGGACCUUUCCAAUGCCAUUGAUGCCAUUGUGGGCUCUGCAGCACAAGAGUUGCAUGAUGCAUUUGUCGAACAGGCAAAGUUUUUGGGGAUCGUUGCCCACACUAGAAAGCCAGCGUUAGGGGACCAGAACUUGAACAAUGCUGUGGCUCCUAUCAAUGCUCGUAUUGAGGCUAUCACCACAUUGAAGGACCAGAACCGUCGUUCCAAUUUCUUCAAUCACUUAAACACCAUUAGUGAAGGUGCUCCUGUGUUGGGGUGGAUCGUUUCUGACACGCCUCUCUCGUAUAUUCCCGAAUUCAAAGACAGUGCUCAAUUUUGGUCAAACCGUGUGAUGAAGGAGUACAAGGACAAAGACAACAAACAUGUCGACUGGGUCAAGGCAUUUUUGUCUAUUUUUGACGGUUUGCGUGCAUAUGUAAAAGAGUACCACUCUACUGGCCUCGCAUGGAACCCUCGAGGAGCCACUUUGGGUGAAUCUUUGGCAGCUGCACUUGCUGGCGCAACCGACACCAAGAAGGCUGCCUCUUCUAGCGGUGGUGCUGCACCACCUCCACCACCACCUGCUCCACCGGCCAACCUUUUCGACGAUGUGGAAAAGCCAAAGGAGGCGACUUCCUCUUCUAGUGGCGGCUUGAAAGCUGUUUUCAACGACUUGAACAAGGGUGAGAACAUUACCGCUGGCCUCAAGAAAGUUGACAAGUCCCAAAUGACACAUAAAAACCCGUCUUUGAGACAACAGGGAGUCAUCAAGAAACCCACGCCUCCAAAGAAGCCAACCAGCUUGUCAUCUCCAAGCGGUACAGUCAAAAAGACGGUCAAGCCUCCACGUGUGGAGCUUGUUGACGGUGCCAAGUGGAUCGUAGAAAACUUGACCGCGGAGAAUACUAAAGAGCCUGUGGUGAUUGACGCUGAGAUGCAACACUCAGUUUUCAUUGGCAACACCGACAGUGUCACUAUUCAAAUCAACGGUAAGGGCAAUGCUGUUUCUUUGUCUGAGACCAAGAAUACUGGUGUGGUGGUACACUCGUUGAUCUCUGGAAUUGACGUCAUCAAGUCCGUGAAGUUCGGCUUGCAGGUCACGGGUGUUGUGCCUCUUAUCACCAUCGACAAGUCCGAUGAAGGCAACAUUUAUCUAUCGCAAGAGUCUAUCGACAAUGACAGUUCGGUGGUAACAAGCAACACUACGGCGGUCAACAUCAACGUGCCUACCGAAGAGGACUACAACGAGUUACCAGUUCCCGAACAAUUACAGCACUUCUUCAGAAACGGCAAGCUUGUAAGUGAGGUUGUUGAGCACGCUGGUUAA